AUGGUGAAAGUUGAAGACAAAACGUCCAUGAAAGUACCCCAUGUUGCUGUCCUUUCAAGUCUUGGCAUGGGUCAUGUUAUCCCUCUCCUCGAGCUGGCCAAGUGCCUCGUCGUCCACCACCAUUGUCAUGUUAGCUUCCUCAAUAUUACCACCGAAGCCUCCGCCGCUCAAAACGAGCUCCUCCACUCACCCGGUACACUCCCUCCUGGCUUGCAUGUCAUCGACCUCCCACCUGUUGACAUUUCCUCCCUCGUCAGUGAUGAAACUCCGAUCGUAAGCCGGUUAUCUAUCAACCUACAGGAGAGCCUCAGCUACUCUUUGAAGUCGGUUCUCAUUGAGUUGGGCAAGCUGCAGGCUCUCGUCAUUGAUUUGUUCUGUUCCCAAGCUUUCGAAAUCAGCAAGGACCUUUCAGUACCUACCUACUCCUUCUGCACUGCCUCCGCCGCUUUCCUUGCCCUUUCCUUGUAUCUUCCUGGUCUGGACAGAGAGGUAGAGUGCGAGUUCAUUGACCUCGAAUCAAUUCAAGUACCAAAUUGUGCACCGGUACGGAUCGAGGACUUGGCGGAAGAAGUUCGAAAUAGGAAGGCUGACGACUUCAAGUGGUUGCUGCUUCACUUCAGUCGAUUGCCCAUGGCAACCAGGAUUUUCUUAAACUCGUGGGAGGAUCUUGAACCAGUGUCGCUUAAAGCAAUAAGAGAGCACUCCUUCUAUCAUCAAAUACCAACACCAAAAAUUUGUGCCAUUGGGCCGCUUAUCAAACACGACGACGUAGCAAUGACCGAAGCAGAUGUUGAGUGUCAAGCUUGGCUGGACAAACAACCGUUAGAUUCAGUUCUUCUCAUAGCAUUAGGCAGUGGAGGGACUCUGACAGCUGCACAGCUCACUGAGUUGGCAUGGGGUUUGGAAUUGAGUCGGCAAAGGUUCAUCUUGGUGGCACGUAAGCCAACGGAUGCGUCUGCCUCGGGUAUGUUCUUCAACGUGGGUGGAGAUGUUAACGAUCCGAAGGCAUAUUUGCCUGAGGGGUUUUUAGAGAGGACAAAAGGGGUGGGGCUGGUGCUUCCGUCUUGGGCUCCACAAUUAAUGGUGCUCCGACAUCCAUCAACCGGUGCGUUUAUAUCUCACUGUGGAUGGAACUCCAUACUGGAGAGCAUCAGUCACGAUGUGCCGAUGAUCACGUGGCCGCUUUAUGCUGAACAAAGAAUGAACGCAACGAUGCUAGUCGAAGAGGUCGGUGUGGCCGUCAAGCUGACUGGGGGACCAGAAAAAGGAAAUAUUGUCGGGAGGGAGGUGAUUGAGAGGGUGAUAAGGAUGGUGAUGAAGGGUGACGAAGGGAAGAUGAUGAGGGAUAGGGCCGGAGAGCUGAAAGACAGUGCCCAGAAAGCAUUGAGCUUUGGUGGGUCGUCUUACGAGUCACUUUCUUGUGUUGUCGAAGAAUGGAAGAAGAAAAUUAUGCCAUAA